UUCUAGUUGAACGGUUUUCCGCGCCGCGUGAAUCUAGGAAACCUGUCUUCAUUCGUGUUUCCGAUCUCCAGAGUCCAGCUUGGAUAAAGUUAUUCCUGCAUAGCAUCUUAAGCCAAGAAUUGGGUACCCUGCUCUGAGCUCUCUCUCCUCUCUCAAGCUAAAUUUCCUUUAUCAAUCCUGCUAACGUAAAGGUAGCACCUUGUGGUAUGAUUACCGGCACUGGGUCUCUACCAAAAAGUUUUGAACUUCAUUUCAGCUUUUGAGAAAAGAUCAAAUCUUUCUUAUUCAUCUAUGCGGUUACUGUUAAACACAUGUAGAGCGUAUUCUACGAGCUAUACGGUGGUACCCAGAUCUCGGAUUGCCCAAUUUGCUCGUGUGGGUCAAAUCCAGAGUGCCCGUAAAGUUUUCGAUGAAUUACCCAACAAAACAAUCGAUACUUGGAACUCAAUCAUCGCAGGCUACUUUCAGAACAACCAGCCCAAUGAAGCUCAGCUUCUGUUCAACAAAAUGGCGGAGAAAAACACCAUUUCUUGGAAUAAUUUAAUUGCUGGGUAUGUGAAAAAUGGAAUGGUUGGUGAAGCUAGGAAAGUUUUUGAUAAAAUGCCGGAACGCAAUGUAGUUUCAUGGACUGCCAUGGUUCGGGGGUAUGUUCAAGAGGGUAUGAUGUGCGAGGCAGAAUCAUUGUUUUGGUUGAUGCCCGAAAAGAAUGUGGUUUCAUGGACGGUGAUGUUAGGCGGACUAAUUCAAGAGGGUCGGAUUGAUGAGGCGCGUAGGUUGUAUGAUAUGAUGCCGGAAAAGGAUGUGGUCGCUAGGACUAACAUGAUAGCGGGGUAUUGUAAAGAAGGACAUUUGAGUGAAGCAAGAGAGAUUUUUGAUGAGAUGCCACGGAGAAACGUUAUAUCUUGGACUACUAUGAUUACAGGGUAUGCACAGAAUAAUCGUGUGGAUAUUGCUAGGAAGCUUUUUGAAGUGAUGCCUGAGAAAAAUGAGGUGUCAUGGACAGCUAUGUUGAUGGGUUAUACACAGUGUGGAAGGUUAGAAGCAGCUUGGGAACUUUUUGAGGCAAUGCCGGUGAAGUCAGUUCUCACAUGCAAUGCUUUGAUUCUUGGGUUUGGCCACAAUGGAGAGGUGACAAAAGCAAGGAGGGUAUUUGAUGAAAUGAAGGUGAAGGAUUAUGGGACAUGGAGUGCAAUGAUUAAGGUUUACGAGAGGAAAGGAUUUGAAUUGAAAGCACUUGAUCUGUUCAUAUUAAUGCAAACAGAGGGGAUUAGGCCAAAUUUUCCAUCUCUGAUUAGCAUUCUUUCUGUUUGUGCCAGCUUGGCAAGUUUGGAUCAUGGUAGGCAGGUUCAUGCCCAGUUGGUGAGGUCACAAUUUGAUGUUGACGUAUAUGUUGCCUCUGUUUUGAUUACAAUGUAUAUUAAGUGUGGUGAUCUUGUAAAAGCAAAGCUGGUUUUUGAUAGGUUUUCUUCAAAGGAUAUUGUUAUGUGGAAUUCUAUGAUCAGUGGUUAUGCCCAGCAUGGUCUAGGUGAGGAAGCUUUAUGGAUUUUCCAAUCAAUGUUUUCUACUGGAAUGAUGCCAGAUGAUAUUACCUUUGUUGGAGUUCUCACAGCUUGUAGUUACACUGGGAAGGUUAAAGAAGGGCUUGAAAUCUUUGAGUUGAUGAAAUCCAAAUAUCUGGUGGAACCAAAAACUGAGCAUUAUGCUUGCGUGGUGGAUUUGCUUGGCCGAGCAGGCAAGGUAAAUGAGGCAAUGAAUUUAAUUGAAAAAAUGCCAGUGGAGGCAGAUGCUGUUGUUUGGGGUUCUCUAUUAGGGGCCUGUAGAACCCAUGGAAAGUUGGAUCUCGCUGAAGUUGCAGCAAAGAAGCUUCUACAGCUUGAGCCUGAAAAUGCUGGUCCCUACAUCCUGUUGUCGAAUAUAUAUGCAUCUCAACAUAAAUGGAGUGAUGUUUCAGAGCUGAGAAAAAAUAUGAGGGCAAGGUGUAUGAAGAAAUCACCUGGUUCUAGCUGGAUUGAGGUAGAGAAAAGAGUACAUAUGUUCACUACAGGUGAUAGCAGGUCACAUCCUGAGCAUGCAAUGAUCAUGAGGAGGUUGGAAAAAUUAGGUGUGUUGUUGAGAGAAGCUGGGUAUUGUCCUGAUGGUAGUUUUGUGCUGCAUGAUGUUGAUGAGGAAGAAAAGUUGUAUAGCUUGAGGUAUCACAGUGAGAAAUUGGCUGUGGCUUAUGGAUUGUCGAAGGUGCCUAAAGAGAUGCCUAUUCGUGUCAUGAAAAAUCUUCGUGUUUGUGGAGAUUGCCACAAUGCAAUUAAAUUAAUAGCAAAAGUAACCGGGAGAGAGAUCAUUUUGAGAGAUGCUAAUAGAUUCCAUCAUUUUAAGGAUGGCUUCUGUUCUUGCAGCGACUACUGGUAAUAGACUAGCUUGUAAUGUAAUUAGCGGAUUCAAGUACAAAUUGGUCUUGAGGCAAUAUUCAUCCAUACCCCAGCAGCGCACCCGUCAUUGGUGUCACGCUUAAGAUUUGCAGCACCUACAACUCACAAUACCAGACUGCCUUUAUUCAGAUGAUAUUGGUUCCGGCGGGUGGUGAUAUCCUUGAGUUCAAGGUUCAUAUUAUUUAUCUUUUCAAAAAGAACAAGUGAAAGCAAAUUGUGAUUCAUGUCAUCGGUGGGCUCUGUAAAUGUCUAGUUUCUCGACUGAAACAUUUGUUAUAGAAUGUUUGCAGAUCUGCCUUCAAACCUGCACACACAACUGCUUUGUAUUAACUUCAUGCUGCAAUGCCAAAGACUUUUAUAAUGGUUUUUAACGUAUGACAUGUGGGAUGGCACCUGUGGAAGAGGAUGUUGCAUACCGCAUUCUCUCGACCAAAUCUACUUCCGGAAUUUUUACAAAAAAAGGGAAAAGGAUGUUAUUUUACUCAUGUUUAGGCAUGUUUCUGAUUUUCUAUGUUAUUUAAGCGCACAACUCCGAUUUUGGUAUUCUUUGGUAUAUAUCCUCAAAAUUUAAUCUUCCUAUGUUUGGUAGUUAGUUCUUUGUAUAACAUCCAUGCAU